CCCCUCCCAGCUGUCUUUCCCAGCUAACAUCACUUCAGCAGGGAUGUCUCUUGUUCUAUCCACCGCGUGAUGCCUUCAAACAACAAGCCGUCGGUGAGGACGCCCCGCGCUUUGCCUCGGCCAUCAGCGGAACCUACAGGCGCGGUAGCUUCGGGAUGCCCUGACUGAAUCACCACACAAGGCGACAAUGGCGUAUAAGAAGCGGGUCCGGAGAGCAGCUUGUACCCUCUCCGGAUCCUCCGAUGCAAAUUGAAACACGGGGCCAUCUACGACUACACUAGACAUCAGAACAACGACAACAACACUCUUCCACGCUUACAUCUCCGCCCGUCUUUCCGCCCUCAGAUCCACCAACCCAACAACAUACAACACCACCUCCACAAGCCCAUCAACCAUGCCCACCCUCCCUCCCGGCACCUCACCCACCCUCGCCCUCGCCCACCCCACCGAAGCCGAGAAGCAAAUCCAAUUCCGCCUCAACGGCUCCGAAUGGCGCGGCGCCCUCACCCUCCCCGCCUACCUCCGCCGCGAAGCCCUCCUCUCCAACCAGCAACUCACCCGCAACGGCGGCAUCACCUACUGGAUCCUCAUCGACACCGCCGUGCACAACGCGCUGGACCCUUCCUCCCCGCACCGCCUGCCGCUCGCGAGCUGCGAGACGUAUCGCAAACGGGCGCUGGUGUGGCGCGAGGGGAAGGUGGAGGAGACGAUUGCGCACGGCGUCGGGAGCGUGUUUUGCGCGGAGCAUUUGCGGAAGAGGGGGUAUGCGGCUAGGAUGAUGCAGGAGGUGGGGAAAGUGUUGGAGACGCAUCAGGUUCAAGGGGGCAGGAAGUGUCUUUUGUCGGUGCUGUUUUCGGAUAUCGGCAAGGAGUUUUAUAGGAGUCAUGGGUGGGAGCCGUUUCGGUCUUCGCAUAUUUCUAUACCCGGGGUGGUGUCUCGUAGCGGACCAAAGGGGAUUACAGCGCGGCCGCUGUGUGAGGAGGAUCUGGAGGAGUUGUGUAAGGCGGAUGAGAGGAUUAUACGGAAGAGGUUGGAGGAGAGGACGAGAGAGAGCAAUAUCGCCGUGGCUCUGAUUCCGGAUAUCGAAACGAUACGUUGGCACCAUGCUAGGGAGGACUUUGUCGGCCAGGAGCUUCAUGGCAGAACCCCCAAGGUCAAAGGCGCCAUGGUAGGCACCGAGGAGGGAAAGCGUGUUUGGUGCUACUGGACGCGGAUGUGGUACAACUCAGACCCGACUCAAGCGAAGGGGAACACUCUCCACAUCCUCCGGUUGGUGGUUGAGGACGGCCGGGAAGAGGAUGCUGUAGACGCCAUUGCAGCACUUAUGGCACUGGCACAACGGGAGGCGCAGGAGUGGAGGAUGGAGGAGGUCGAGGCGUGGAACCCGUCACCAGCGACCGUGGCAGCAGCGAGGAUACUUCAUCCUUCAGCGGAGGUGGUGGAUAGAGAUACAGAGAGCAUAGCGAGCUUGCGGUGGUAUCCUCCGCAUACGGGCAAUAUCGCAGAGUCGAUCGACUGGGUGGCUAACGAGAAGCACGGCUGGUGUUGAGAUAGCAAAGGAGUCGGAUUGUGUCGAUGGGACACACAACUGGAUUCUCUGGUUGCAUCAUUUCAGCGUGUUACUUGUAGACAUCAAGACACCUUGCCGUAGAAUGAAAGCGUUGAAUGAA